GCAUUAUUGUUAACCUCUCCUGCUGCUUUACCAUCUUGUACAUCACUGCUUCCUCUGACGCACAUGGAAGGCUAAUUUCAAACUAGCUUAGCUUAAACUCCUAGCUAGCGUUAGCUGUUUUUAACUGAGAUCAAAGAUCUUCUUCACAAGACCUGGCCAAGAAUAGCAGCAAGUAAAAAAAACUAAAGCAGACAGACAAAUAUGGUGGAGUGAAAAGUACAAUACCGAUAUUUCCUUCUGAGUGGAGUUUAAGUAAAGAGGAGCGUAACAUGGAAAUAUCACCCUUUUCUUCAGUGGUUACUACGGACAACGCCUAUCGUAAACUCGCCUCCCCCAAUCACAGACGGGGAUAUUGCAAACGAGCCAAUCAGAGAGGAGGUUUGUCGUUCCAAACAACCGUCCGCUCCAAAGCAGACAGACGUCGAGAUUUAUCUUGGAAACAUGUAGCUGCUAACUUAGCACGGAUGAAAACCCGGGAUUCACCUCCGCCGCCGGUUCACGUCCAUGUACCGGACAGCACUCCUGUACAUGUUCAUAUGAGGAGGAGUCCGAGCAAGACCCCACAGUAUAGGACAAAAGAUGCUAUGGUGAGGGGAGAUGGAGGGAGGCCAAAGGUCCGGACGCCGUGGAUUCCUCCAGGAAGACUGUCCUGCAGAUGGGAUGUGGGCUCGUACAAGUGCCAGGAUCAGAGAAGCAGAGUGGAGCAUCGAUCAGAAAGUGGAAUGGGACAUCAGUGUGAUGAAGAGGAGCAGGAAGAAGAGCUCGCUGGAGUAUCCAAAAACCUCAGUGUCCUCCUCAGAGAGCAAGAGAGCAUUCGUCAUUUAAAGAAUUUGGAUUCUAGGAGUCAACACCGAGAGACAGACGUGCUCCUGAGGGCGCUCGUAGAAGCAGAAAUCGACGGUGUAGCAGUAGCUAAUCAGCUGACAGCCCUGAAGGAAACUACCGACAGCUUCGCUAAGGACAAGAGGCUGUCAAAGUUGCACGCGGUUUCACUUCGGCGGAAGCAGGAGUUGUUGCUAGAGAAGAUCGAGAUGUUUGACAACACAAAUCGCAGCCUUCGAGAGCUCCUCAGAGAGAGGAGUGAAUACGAGAGAGAAUCAUUUGAGUGGUCAGAACAGAAAGAUGCCUUAAGGAAGAAAUUGACUGACAGCGAAGCAGAGAACAAUCGACUUUUGGUCAAACUCGCCAACAGGGAGAAAGAGGCUUUUAAGCUGGCUGAGCAUUUGGACUUUGAAAAGGACAAUGUGAAGCAGACGGAGGAGCUUUCAAGAAUCCUGCAGUCGACCCGCGGCCAUCUGGAAUCUGAGCUGAACAGAACAGAAGCUGAAAAGGUCCAUCUGGCUGCUCAGAUCCAGAGGAUGCAGCAGAGCCACGAGCAGCAGCAGGAGGAGCUGCUGGCUCUGCAGGAGGAGCUGCAGGCUCUGAGGCAGCGGAGAGAGGAGGAGGAAAAGGAGCACGGGCGGCAAGACCAGGAGGCGUUAGCCCUGCUGACCCAGCAGGCUGAGCGAGCCGAGCAGUCUGCCAGGCAGCUCGAGGAAAAGCUGCAGGAGAAGGAAGCCCAGUUGGCUCAAGCUCUGUCCACAUCCAGUGACUGGUGCCUCCGCCACUCUAAAGAGGGAGCCGCUAAAGGACAGCUGGAGGAGGACAUUUCUGCUCUCAAAGGUCAGGUGACAGAGCUGAACUCUCAGCGUCAUUCGGCGGAGGAGAGGAGUCGGGCGGAGAGGGAGGAGCUCAGGGAUCAGCUUCAUCACCUCAGCGCUGAAAGCACCUCCACCAAGCUGGACAACCAAAGACUCAAGAGUCAGGUGACAUCGUCUGAGGAGAAGCUCGCAGGUCUGCAGUCUGAAGCCCGUCGGAUGAAAUCGUCAAUCAAGAAGCACGAAAACCUGGUGGAGAAAUACAAGAAAAAGGUCCAGCAGGUUCGUCUGGAAUCGGAGGAGUGCUGCCUGAAGCUGGAGCUGACACAGAAGGAGGCGCGGGAGGUGAACGUGAGCCUGGAGAGGGAGACGGAGCAGGUGAGGAGGGAGCUGCUGGGCCGGAUCAGAGAGCUCGAGACGCUGCCCGACAGACUGAGGAGGACGGAGAAGCAGCUCAGAGACGCCCAGCAGGAGGCCGACGCCCACCAGAGGAGGAACAUGGAGCACAACUCCGCCCUCUCUGAAGUCAGACACAAGGUGGAACAGCAAGGCACUCAGCUGGAGACGGUCCAGCAGAGGAACCUGCUGCUGCAGGAGGAGAACAACGUCCUCAAAGAGAAAAUUCACAACUUGGAGCGGAGGCUGGAGGACUUGAAGGUAGAAAACAAAGAGAUGUCUCAGGCUCUCCCGUCAAAGGAAGCUAGUAUCCGCAGCGUUCAGCAGCAGCUGGAGGAGAAGACCCACGAGUGCAGCGUCCUGUCCAGACAGCUGCAACAAACUCUGGACGACGCACAGAGACAGGUGGACGACAGCAUGCAGAGGGUUUUGGCCAAAGAGAGAGUGUCUCAGUCUAAAGCCUUAGACCUGCAGAGCCAGCUGAGCCGAGCCAAAACAGAGCAGAGUCAGUUACAGCGAAGUAAGGAGGAGAUGGAGCGUCGUUUCCAGAGUCAGCAGAAGAACAUGAAGGACAGACUGGAGCAGUCGGACUCUACAAACCGCAGUCUGCAAAACUAUGUUCAUUUUCUCAAAACCUCAUAUGGAAACGUGUUUGGUGACUCUCUACUUGCAAGCUGACUGCACAAACCUGACCAGCAUUCAUCCACUCCCACAGCAUUGUAGUAAAACUAAAUGACAUUUGAUUACUAUUUUUGAAUCGAGAGUUCUAUGAAAUUAAUAAAAACGUUUUAAAAUUAAA